AUGGGUCUUGCCGGCAAUGUCCUGUCACUGUUGACAGUGGCGAACCUGUCACUAGCAUUGUUUGCGUAUGUUGCGCUCACAUUUGGCUGGCAGAUUGUCUACUAUAGAUUCUUCCACCCACUUGCCAAGUUUCCCGGACCCUUCUGGGCUUCGGUCACUCGUCUCUGGAUCGCAAAGCACAGUCUACAGCAAACAGAGGUGCCGACUGUUUAUGCACUUGCAAAGGAAUAUGGCCCCGUCGUUCGCAUCACCCCGACAUUGCUGCUGGUCAGCGAUCACGAAAAGCUCCCCGAGAUCUACCACCGAAAUGUGGACAAGACUGGACACUAUAUCACUGGAAGCUUUGGCGAAACCGAGUCUCUGUUCAACAUGAGGUCUCACAAGACCCACGCUGUGUUCAGGAAACACGUUGCUGGCCCUUACAGUUUCUCGAACAUCAAGAAGAUGGAGCCGCUCAUUGACGCGCGUAUCACGGAAUGGACCUCAAAGCUCGAUAGCACCUUCUGCAAGACUGGUGAAGCAUUUGACUUCUCGUGGUGGGCAGUAUACAUGGCAUACGACAUUAUCAGUGAAAUCGGUUUCGGUGAGCCCUUCGGCUUCAUUGAAAAGGGUGAGGAUAUCGGUGGCCUUAUUCAAGGAUUCCACGACGGCCUUCCAGCCUUUGGUCUCCUCUCGCGUCUGCAUCCAUUCACUUCGUGGGUGAAAACGACCUUCUUGAAGAAAUACCUUGUCGCCACGCCUGCAGACGACUCUGGAAUCGGAGUCUUGAUGCGAUUCCGAGACCGCCUCAUCGACCAGCGCAUCAAGGACAUUAAAGACGAAAAGAAAAUUGAACGCACCGAUCUUCUCCAGACGUUCCUCGAGGCCGUCACCGAAGAAGGCAAGCCCCUCGAUCUGGAGUACAUUCGCGCCGAGGUCCUCCUUGUUCUCCUGGCCGGUGCCGAUACCACCGGUACAGCUUUCCAGGCUCUGAUCCAGUUCCUCAUCACCAACCCCUCGGCAUAUGAGCGCAUGAUGGAGGAAAUCGAUAACGCGACCCGAAAGGGUCUUAUUUCAGACAUGCCCCAGUACAAUGAAGUGAUCGAGCACCUGCCUUUCUAUGUUGGCUGUGUGAAGGAGACCAUGCGUCUUUGCCCGUCUGCGCCCAAUAUCUUCCCUCGCUAUGUCUCCGAACCUGGAAUCGAUCUGUACGGCAAGUUUGCGCCAGCGGGUACGGAAAUCAGUUGUAACCCGUAUCUUGUGCACCGUGAUCAGAAACUUUAUGGCGAAGAUGCGGAGGAGUUCAAACCUGAGAGGUGGUUGGAUGAGGAGAAAGCCAAGCUGUAUAACAAGUACAACUUCUCGUUCGGAUAUGGAUCGCGUGGCUGUUUGGGCAAGGAUAUUGCCAUGAUGGAAUUGUUCAAGGGACCUUUGCAGUUCUUCCGUCAGUACAAACCGGAGGCUGUGCCUGGUAAGCCCGAGGCAAAGUUCAUGAUCAUGGGUGGUAUUGGAUACUGGAGAGAUUUGUGGCUCACCAUCUCUCGCCGGGCCGAGGUUAAGGCUGAAUGA